AUGAUUUCAAUGAAACUGCUAAUUAUUGUUAUUACUAUUAUUAUGAAUGCAAUUCCUUCAAUGUUAAACAUUCAUUGUAUACCGAUAUUAACAUUAAACGAUUUGGACCAAGCAAUAACUGACUUGAAUAAUCUCGUUACAGCAAUCCAAUCACAAACACAAAGUCAAACAUCUAAUACUGGAAGUGGUAUCUCUGUAAUACAACACCAAUCUCAAUCUCAAUCAUUCAAUGGUAAUCAGCUCAGUGGUCAUCAAGUUAGUCAACAACAAAAUCAACAACAAAUUCAACAAUCAGCUGGUACACAAUCACAAACACAACAACAAUCUGUUAAUCUGAAUAAUCCACAAUAUAAUCAAAGAGGUGGCGAUGCACAGUUUCCAGUGGAUCAAUUCAAACCUUCAACGAAUCCACAGUUACAUGUUGAUAACUUGCCUACCAGUCAGCCGCCACCACCGCCACCACCGCAACCGCAACCUCAACAACCUGAAGAACAACCGUCUCAACAAUCACAAGGUGGUGAUCAAGGUGACUCACAACAACAGUCACAGCCUGAGUCACAAGAACAACAACAACAACCUGAUUCCUCACAACAAUCUGAUGUUAGUAACAUAAUAACUGAUCAACCUCAAUCAGGUGAUCAGUCUCAACAAACAUCAAUUAGUCAAGAUGAAUCACAACAACAGUCACAACCUCAAAAUCCAGAUUCAUCGCAACAAUCUGGUGAUCAACAACCUAGUGGUGCUAGUUCGAAUCCUGAUGAAUCACAACAAGCUGAUCAGCAACAACAACAACAACAACCUGAACAGCAACAACAAACUGAACAGCAACAACAACCUGACCAGCAACAACAAACUGAUCAGCAACAACCUGAUCAACAACAACAACAACAACCUGACCAGCAACAACAAACUGAUCAGCAACCACCUGAUCAACAACAACAACAACCUGACCAGCAACAACAAACUGAUCAGCAACAACCUGAUCAACAACAACAACCUGACCAGCAACAACAAACUGAUCAGCAACCACCUGACCAACAACAACAAACUGAUCAGCAACAACAACCUGACCAACAACAACAAACUGAUCAGCAACAACAACAACAACAACCUGAAGACCAACCUCAAGAAUCACAUGAUGACGAACAGGGUUCACAAGAAGAGUCACAAACUACCACUGUAUCCCCAUCGACACCAACCAAUAGUGAUUCUGAUUUAAUUAAUCGUUUACUAGAAUUAAUUCGAUUACAACAAUUGAUUAUUUCAGAAAUAACUAAAGGGCAACCAAUUGUUCCACAACCGCUUCAAACAACUGAACAAUUGUCAACAACAACAACCACAACGACGACCACUUCACAGUCAACAGAAGUAAACAACCCACCGCAACAGCAACCACAGCAACAACAACAACCAGAAGAUGAUGAUGAUAACGAGAAUGACGAUGAUGAUGGUGAUGAAGAAUAA